UAAUUCACCUGCAGUGGAAUAGCAUACGUCGAUACAUCCUCUCUCUCUCUGUUCUCUCUCUACCUAUCUCCAUCUCACACAAACAUGCGCCGUGGCCGUGAGUUUCAUAUGCGUUCCACCUCGCGCCAGCAAGUGGCCGCCUGGUUAUUCGCGCUGCAGUUGGGAAGAGGGAGAGACGAAUGCGCACACUGUGGCUGUCUGGAAAUGAUUUCGUUUUGGCUGCUUUGCUGGAAGCUGCUGAGAGCCACAGCUGGGUUUAAAAGGACAAUACCUGAACUGACGGACAGAAACCACGACAACAACCUCUCCUCCAACAACAAUCUUGCAGGUGACGUUUCUACACUUGCAUAUCCACGGACUCUGGUUGGCAUGGAGAUUAGUCCCUCAUGUACAGCAACUGACCUAGAGACGGAUAACGUUUUUAACUGUGGCAAUCAGGAGUCACAGGAACUCCCAGAUCCAAAAGUUCCAAAGGUGGAAGCAGUGGAAGAAAACAAAAAUGAGGAAAGAGAUGAAUGUGACUACCUUUAUUUUAAAACUGAAGAGGAGAAGGGAAGGGAAAUACAGAAUGACAGUGAACGAGAGGAGGAAGAAAAUGGUGGGAGAGUAGAAACUAAAGGAGAAGAUGAAAGAAGACAGGAAGUGGAUGGACAGGAUGAUGGAAGAGUAGACCUAGAAGAAGAUAUUCAACAAGGAAGAAACAUAGUUGAGCACAGAGGGAGAGUAGAGGGGGAAGAUACAAAAAAAAAAGAAUCAGAAAAUUAUACUCUGGGGAAUAGACAAAUAGAAGGGGCAGACAAAGGUAGAGAAGGCACAGAUAAAGUAAAUAUAUGGAUAACAGGAAGUCUGGGAAAAAUUAAGCGAGAUGCUUCAUCAGAUCAGAUUUUCGUUAAUGAAAAUCCACAAAGUUUGUUGUCUGAGCCCUCAGGUACCACUUCAGAUCCACCAGAAUCCACACUACAGGAGGCCUGGAGACAUGACUUAGACCACAGAGAUGAUCUCAGUGAAAGCCACCUCAGUGACUGCCUCAAAGCAGAGCUGGCUGUUGUGUACUCAAACAGUGAUGUUGGGGAGGACCAAUGGCUAGCCUUAGCUCGCUGUGAUGAGACAGACCAUUCAAAAGAAAACAGAGAUUAUGCUGAUGACACGUGCAUUGCACAGAGCAUGGAUGAUGAAGUGGAAGAAGUACAAACUGAAGUGUUGAAGUUGGAAGGAGAGGUGGAUAAGCAAAAUGAGAAGAGUAAAGUCAUGGUCAGUGAAGAACAGAUGAAGUCAAGAAGAGAUCUUUUCCUGCACUCUCCUUUGGUGAUCUCCACAGCCAGCUCAACCGACCCUGAUAAGAGGAUUCCUUUAGAUUUCUAUGUGCAACAGGAGACCUUCAGUGAGAAUGUCUCUACUGAGCACGUGGACUUUUUGGUUGCUCGCCAGCAGUGGAAGAAGAUGGAAGAGGAGGUCAAAGGUCUGCCCAUCCCCAAACCAGGACUGGGAGCUAAGGGGAGCUUCCAAGGCACCCAUUCUUCUUUGUACCCCCCAACACGAAGCCCCCGUCUCAAACAAAGGGAAAUUCAACCCCCCAUAUCCAAAGAACCUCCUCUGUCCUUCACCCUGUCCCCCGGUUCUGAGGACUCAGGCUUGGAUGACUCUUCAUUUCGCAGCGCUCUGGAAGAACCGGAAAAUUCUGUGGAGAGGGAGAUCCGACUGACAUUAGAAAGAGAAGAACAGCACCGAAGGGAGAGGGGAAUGAUUGCUCAGGGCCUGACGAUACCCAGUCUAUACAACCUAGGGACAGAAGGAUCUGUGCCCAGACCUCCAGUCUUCCAUACCCCUACUCUGUCCAUCUCUCCAUCCCCCUCCUGCUCAUCCUCUCUCCCCCGAUCAAUGUAUCAUGAAAUGACAGCCAAAAACGUAAUCAUUCUUGAACCCGACUCCUCUGGCUCCAGCUCCAGGAACUACCUACUCUCCACUGCUAACAGUGGCCUCUCUGAUUGGUCUCCCAGUCUUGAUGUGGCACCCUCAGAAAACGUCAUUGUGGUGGAGACCUCCAAUUUGAUCAUUCGCAGUGCUUCUGAGUUUUGCCUGAGCUCUGGGCCUCCGCCUGUAGAGACACAAGAGAGUACUUUCGCUUCUAAUCCAUUCUUCAAGUUGCGUUCCAUCAGCAGUCAGUCUCUAGUGGAGCAAGAGAUCAAGAUGGUGAGACAGAGAGAAGAGGAGUGGAGGAAACAAAGGGAGGAACUGUGGCAAAGAAAACAAGAGGAACAGUGGAGGACAGGGAGAGGGCGGUAUGACACUGUCCUGGUGUCACCAAGCCUAAACGAGAACAUCACUUUCAGUGUGCCAGUGGUUCCAGAGAGAUCUGUUUCCUCCCCAUCAUCGCCUUCCAGACCACGGAAAAUGGAACGCUCUAGUUUGUCUUGUGACCACAAGCUAAAAUUCCCCCUCCUUCCAGUUUUCCCUUUCCCAGUCUUCAGUUCCACGUCGUCAGAAAGUCCUGGCACAGCGGUGGGAGGCCUCACUCUCAGCCAAUCAGAAGAAGGAGUAAAUGGAAAGAAUUUUUAACUUUUUCAAAGCCAUGAUGGAAUCAUACAUUGUUUAUCUUUGUUGCACCCAUUAGGGCAAAACGAUCUUGUCUACCAGUAAGAUUUGUUUAAAAAAAUAUAGAAAUGUACCUGUUUUUGCUUUCCCUAAAGACUGUUUAGAAAGUGCUUGUAACAUUGUGUUUUGCUGGAUGAUGUAUGACAUACUGUUCAGUUCUUUUUCUUUUUGACAUACUGGCCUGUUCAGAUCUCUAAGAUUUCCACAGAGCCGGCCUAAGGUUGUAUAAUGCACCAAAUAACAUUCAAUUUGGCUACUCUUUGGGGACUGCCUAGAAAUUUGUUAAAAUAAAUAAAUCACAGCAAUUAUGAAAACUGUGCAGAAUUUCUGCUAAUGUGUAGAUUUUUUUUAAAAAACAUUAAUGUCAAAACAAAUAAAAAGAAAUUUAACGGAAAACAGACAUAAUUUGAAAAUGUACUAAAUCAUAUAUGUAGCUUAAAAAUAAAAUUGUGUUUUAAAACUGAAUUUCUGGAGUCAUGUAUGUCCCUUAGUUUAUGUUAAGAAAAAUUCCAAAAAAAAAGUGACUAACUAAAUAAAAAAAGUUUAAUGUAUUUACUUAAUUUUAUAUAUGGACUUAUACAUUUUUUUCUUAUUUGUCUGACUUUUAUGUUUUUAAUAUCUUCCUUUAAUUAGCAAAAAGGUCAUACGGAUCAGUUCAGAAAAUGGCAUGUUAAACAAUAAAAAGAGGGCAGAAAAUACAGAAACUUCAAAAAGGUAUCCAAGUUUCAAUCUUUGUCCAAUUCAACAGGAUUAUUGAAUUCUUGAAAACUGCAACCUGGUUUGAUCAAAUACUGUAUGAACUACAGCUGAUAAAGCUUGUGCCAGUCUUACAAACCACAUGACAGAAGAUGUUGGAAAACAUAAUCUAACAAGCUAGUUGGUUGAUUAAAAAAAAGAAGAAAAACACAUCUCCUGUUAAAGCAAACACAGUUUGAUCAUAUAUAUUUUAACAAUAAGCCCAAAUUUCAUUAACAUGCAUGAAAAAACCCCAAAACAAAAAGUGUGUGUUGUUUGAAUCAGCCACUCCAUAUGAGUUAUAGUGAUAGCACUUUUGCAUGGUUAACAGAUUUAAGAUUUUUGAAAGUUUUAAGAUGAAUUCUAGUUCUGAGAGGUAAAUACUCACUGAGAAGAGAACAGGACUGAUGUAAAAGAAAACUUCUUCUUAGAAAAAGUAAGUAAUUAUUACUUACCUCCAAAACUGUGUUCUCAGAGGGACCAAUCUAGAGUAGAGGGCCUAAUCGGCUACUUAAUUUGCUUCUGCCUGUGGCCGGCUCUGUAUUUCUCUACUGGUUUUAGCUAUAAACUUGUCUAACUUCAAAUAUUCUACAUUAUGCUACCUUGUGUUUUUCUUCUUUUUAAUUGCCACAAACCCUUACGUAACCUGUGUUAUGGAUUAUAAAACCUGUCCAUCAUGUAUUUAUUCAGUUUAUUGAACAUAAUUCACUGUAAUACAAUUUUUAGUUGUUACUGUAAUAGCUACAUUUUUUCAUCUAAAGUACAUUUUCUGCGAAGAAACUUUGCAGAAACUUUAUUAGCAGAAAGAAACUUAAUUUUUGAAAACCGUUGCAUUUCAAGUGUAAGGCUUUGAAAAUCACUGUCUGGAUGAAGUACUCACAUGCUAAAGUCACUGAUUAAUGGUUUUUUCCUCAUUUAAUUUCUUGCCACUCAGAUACCUCUUUCCUGAGACCUGACCUAAAGCAUGUCCAAAUUUUAGGACUGUUUUUGUUUCAUAGCAGUGUUUUCUCAUGAGCAUAAUUAGAAUAACAAUGGGUUCAGUUGUAAGCUAACAAGGCUCUUCAAAUGUUUGUCAAAAUUGAUGCUUCAGGUUCAGGAUGCGAGCGUCAGCAGAAGCAAAUAAAAGGAGGUUAAAAAACGAAUUCUGAUGAUAGUUGAGUUAAUCCCGCAAUAAAAUUUGCAGCCUGUUCAAACUGUGUCCAUCUGUGGCUCUACAAAGUGAGCAAGUAUUUAAAGAAACCAGUAUUCUAACAAAUAGCUCUACUGAAGAUUUGUACAGAUUUUUUUUUAUUUCCUACUGGGUUCCUGUAAAAGAGAAUUAGUGUAUUUUUGAUGCAUAUAUUUAUUAACUGAACAAUACUUAGAAAUGCUGAAAUCCUUUUCAGUUGUAAAAGUCUUGCCUUAGCAAUGAGGUUUAACAAUGUGAGGUCCUGUUUAUUUUUAGGAAACUCUAAUGUGUGGUGUGUACAUGUUUCCAUCUGGUCACUAUCUUACUUUAGUUUAGUUUCUGCAUUAAAUCUCUGCAAGCUUAUCCAAUAGUUUCUGCAAAGAUCUCAAGUCUGAAGUUUAAAGGUGUAAUGAGAUCAGUAGUGAUCACCACCAGGAUGUUUCAAUCUGGAGAGACUCAGACAGAGAAAAUGAACAGCGAUUAAAAAGGUUUAUUGACAGACAUGAAUUUAAAGUUCUUUGGCGCUCGGGCCCCGGCUGUGGUCAUCAAGCUGUGAAUUGCAAUAAGCUCGGAUGAGCAUUCCCGAUGUAGGAUAGGAAUGUCAUCCCCCCGGGACCCGACCCUGGUGGUGGAGGUCGGAGAAGGAUGCGAGCUUGAGGAUCCGGGCGAGGGAAGGUGGAGGGGUGGAGGAGGGUUGAGCGCGGUUGGGAUGCGGAAGACGCCAUGGAUGGAGGUCCUUUUCAGCUGGGCCUUGGAAGGCGAUUGGACGUGACGUGGCUUGGUCCAGCGUUGAUAGGACAGCGGUGAUGGGCGGGAUGCUCCGAUAGGACGAGCCAGGUGGGGCUAAAGAGUCUUCCAGUUUGAAUUUGCGCCCAGGCUUCAUAAUAAAAUAGUGAUGGGUUGAUCAGUGCAGCUGUUUUAGUUCAGCAUUCAUGCUCUUGCCAUUACUACGUUAAAUAUCAAGAUUUAGUUACAAACGAUUAACACACAUCCCAUAUGAUAUUUUCAAUUCAGACAGAACAGACAUUGUAAAUUAGAACAGAUUAAAACUUCUAUCUAAUAUGCUCAAGAUUUUCUUAUUAGUUUUCUGCUUAUUUUGGCUAGAAUGAACUAGAAACAUUUUAAAAUGAGUAUAUGUGACCUACACACUUUUAGGAAUUUGGUCUAAUAUGAAGAACUCUACUAAUUAGACUAAUUUUGAUUAAAUCAUGAAUAUUACAUCUAACUUAAAAUGCUCUACUGAUUAGUCUAUCUAUUCCAGGGGUUCCCAAACUUUACCAUGCCAAGGCCCCCUACACCAGUACAUUUUCAGCUGAGGCCCCCCUCAUAUGAAACAUGCGUAAACACUUGUGUGUAAGCUACAGCGACAGAAUUAAAAAAUGAGUGAACAAACCAUCUAAAUAAAAACGUUAUUUUGUAAAGAUGAAGUCACAAUUAUAUUUUAUUAAUCUUUAAUUCAUUGCUCUUUUCCUCACUGAAAUGAUUUAUUAAGUGUACUAGAACAACUUGCCUUGAGAGUCAGUUAUUAUUAUUGCCAAAUGAAAAAAACGUUUGUCUCAUGAUAACAUGUUCAAUAAAGUGUUCAAC